AUGGUCUUCUCUUCCAAAGCCGUUUUACUCGCUGCCCCAAUUUUCACUCUUCUCUUCUCUACGAUCGUUACUACAUCUCCUCUUGAAUAUGCCGAAAAUCAUGGAGAAGCAAAUGAUGCCCUCGUCAUCCUCAGAAGACAGGUCGCGGACCCAACCAAUGUUGCACCAGAAGAUGAGACUGACGCAGAGAUUGCUGCGGAUGGCACUCGCCCUUUACGAAAAGCUGUCACUGCUCGAUCUAUCUAUCUUGACCAAGCCACUGCAACAUGGUACCAGAUUGACGUAGCCUCUAACGAUCUUGCUGCCUCCUUCACAAGUUUCACAGACACAACGACUACAACAUCUAUUCCUCCGCCGGACGAUCCCAAGCAGACAUCAGGCCCGAAUCCUUGGAAUGUGGACCAUAUUUUUGAGCUUCAGAUCAUUGGGGAAGCGUUCAAAGCUGACAGACCUACUGAUAAUCCAACCUCUAUCGCAGCAGCUGACUGGACAGCGGUAACCAAUGCCGUCUUCACCUUAUCUCCCGCCUGCACAGCGAUAGCCGAAGAAGUGACUGUCCUCCAGAACCUCGAAGGCAUCCCCAACGCCGUCAACAGCUUCAAAAAGCAAGUCUUCACUGGCAAUCUGACCGGCGUCGGCUUCCCCAGCACGGGCAACACCGCAACAUACUACUCCUUCUUCGGCCCCGCGGUACAGAACUAUCUUGUAUCGAACCAACCCAAUUUUUUCAGCGUCAAUGGUAUCGUAGACAAUAUUGGCGACCAGCUGUCUAGCGCAGGUAACAACAAUGCUGCUAUCAAGGCGUACUUUACAUCCUAUGCUGCGUUCCAUUACCAAGGUGCUAUCGACUACCUCUCCACUUGGUCUGGCAAACCAAUCACACGCACAAUUGCAAGUUCUACAGCCGCGACAGGCACUUCCGCUGCAGCCGCGACUGUCACAUGUCAGCAUAACGCCGACCCGGAUAACACGUGUGCCGCUAUCGCUGACAGCCUUGGAUACUGCGAAUGCAACAACGACGGUAAUACUUACGCUAUCGAGACCAGUGCUCCAAACCCUUGCGGCUGGACAACUCUGCCACCUACGACUUCCUUUGACUGUAGCAGCACCCCGCCACCUGCUCCCGUCGUCGUGACACCUACGACUACGCCUCUCGCUUGCACUUUGCGCGAUGAAGUAAUCGGCGGCGGUCGUGACCCUGAAAUCACGCAUAUCUGCACCUGUAACGAUGGAUCGUCUCCUUCUGCGACUGUGAGCGGUGAUGAAUAUGCUUGUCCGGCGCAGGUUAGCAUAAUCGCGAAGAGGAGUCCAUGGAAUGGUAUCGAUUUGGGCAACUUUGCUCAAUAG